GCAGCUAAUUUUCGGUCAUAUUGGCGCUAAUUACGACUAUAUAAAUAAUUCUACCUACUUUGCGACUAAUUCUGUCUUCUUGUAGGUAUCGGUGAAGCCGCCUUCCGGACACAAUCACCUCGCGCGAAGCCUGCUUAGUCCAAGCGAACUUGCUCCAUUUCUCAAAAGUGUGCCACACGGUGGCUUUAUCUCAUCAUGUAUAGAUAUGCGGCGGUGCACCCUUUACAGGAGUAUAGUGCACUGUGGGUAAUUUUCUACUGAACACCGGGUGUUUUAACGUUAAAAAAAAUUUUUUAAAUCGCCUCUGGCAUUUAACACAAAUCUGCUUAGUGAGCUGGAACGCUCGAAGAGAUAUAUCGUACAUUCACGAGAAAUUAGCACGCACAAAUGACAAAUUAGGAGAAAAACACUAAUUAAAUCUUCAACUAAUUACUUUAGCGCAGACAUUGCGAUACGCGAAUUGAGGCCGGUGAUUUCAUAUCGCUCAUCCGCUUGGAACUAAUUUUGAAACUAUCACCACUUUUGAGAUAGGCGCUGUCACACUUGCUGUAAAAAUGCGCUGUUCCCCUUACUUUAACGAAAUGCCUUUUUAUACAUUGAAGCUGAAAAGUUAAGAGAUGCACAUAUUUACAUCGCCGAACUUUCCGCACAACGCCGACCGCGAUAUCAUGCUAUGCAUGUCUUCGACAGUUCCCGUUCGGGGAGGUUCCACUUAAUUUGUUUGCGCGAUGUCUGACGCGGCAUAACCAAGGCGUCGAUGACGUCAUAGACAGCGGAAGGGGUACGGCUGCGCGUGCAUGUGUAAAUGAAUGCACGAGCGGAACAUUGUCUCGUUUUGGCUUCUCUUUAGUCGCCUUCCAGCCUCGCUGGUGGGGUGUUUACUAGGGCGACCCGUACUGCUUACUAUCCCCCUUUUACUAUAUGCUUAGGCAUUUCACGCCUGGGUUUAACGACCUUUUUCUGCGAAUGGCGCAUGGAGAACGGCGAAAGCGGACGGGAUCGUAGAAUGUUUUGCACCGGCGCGCCUGUUGUGACCGCGGGCAAUGGGUCUUACCCUCCUUCAUACUUUUCUCCCCACAACCCUUUCCCCGUGCAGUGCCGUUGAGGUGUCCUCCUGUAAGAGACAGUUCCGCCGCUGCGCUUAUCUCUCCCAUCUCCCUUUAAAAAAAAACACUUCACACCGGUUAAUGGGUCGUUUCUCGCUGUAUUCCGGAUGGCAGCUAUCAAGCGCGCACACAAUCGGCUUAAACUGCGCAUUCUCGCCCUGUAAUGUGAAUGGGGUUUUCUGGCUUCGCAUGAAAUUUUUUUACCUACCCCGCCAUGUAAUGCUACGCAUUAACAUUUUGACUGGAUUGUGUGACACGUUUAUAUACCGCGACGAUUUGGACAGCUUCGUAUAUUGUCGUUUCUCGUUACAGCGCUUCCGGAUACAUUCCGACGCUAGGCAACCUGGUGUUCGUCUGCUUGGUUCCUUUCCUCAUACUGAGCGCUGCAGCAGCGCUGAAUUUUUAUAUGAAAGCUAAACCUCAAGCGGGAAAUCAAGCUGCUCACAUCGUCUCCGAAGCUCCCGUGGAAGCAACUAUUCCACUUCCUCAGCCAACACAGUACGCUUCCGUGCCGGGCCGCGCGGUGUGGUGCGUGUACGAGCUUGAAGCGGUGGCCGAGCGAGACUACAGCCCCGCCGACAUGCCGGGCCACCUGUGCAGCGUCUUCGUGUGCGCCUACGCAACGCUCGUGCGACGGGGUCGGCUGGCGCCCAAGGACAGCUACCAGGUCGCGGUCAAGAAUUUGCAGUCGGUGGCGCGGGACCCUCGCCGCGACGUCUACCUGGCCCUGGCAGGGCCCGGCACACCGUCCGGCGUGGCCUCGGAGACCGCGUCGUCGACCCGCUACCGGACGCAGCUGUGCGAGCACCUCGAGGACGUCUUGGAGGACUUGGACCUCCAGGGGGCGCUGUUCCACUGGCCGUCGCCCUACCGCGACACACUAUCGGACGCCGUUGUCGCGAGGCAGUUUGUCGGUGCGAUGGAGACCUGUCUCGGUGCCUUUUCGAAGAAGAUGGCGCUGGUUGUCCCCGAAAACGAACUGGAAAGGAAGCACUUCUUUCCGUUUAUUGAUGGUACAAGGCCGUCCUACAACGUAGUGUUCUGGACGCACGAACUGCACAAGAAGCCGGGCUCCGACACGAUGGCUCACUGCGUUGUCAACCUGCCACAAAUUGUGAACCUGCAGGCGGACUUAAAGAAGACUGCGCCGGCGCUGCAUGAUCAAGCCAUGGUGACGGCAUCGCUGCGAGCGCUUCGGUUUCACCUGCUCGUCACGGAGGGUCCCAACAAGCUCAGCCGUGUCGAGCCGAACAAGACGCGAAAUCUCCCUUACACCGCCGUCUGCCGAGAGACUGUCCCAAACCAGAGUCAGUGGCGCUGGUCCAUGAGCAAAGAGGAUGGUUGCGUCCAUGGCACAUACCAAAAUCAGUGGAUGGCUUCGAUGCACGAUGCAAGCGAUAUUUACUUUGCAAACUUCACAACAGGCGUUGCUCUCUUUGACAUGGCUUAUGACGACUUUCUGGGUGUUUGCGGUCAAAAGCACCCCCUGACAACCAUGAUAGUUCGUGGCCUGAAUAUUUCGCAUAUAAUACACUAAGGACUUGCGAGCGCUUUAUUAUUUCAUCAAGUGUAAUAAAAGAUGUAUGUUCCAGAAUAAAAUGAACAUGAAAUGUGA